UUCUUGGAGGAAUCUUUGGUUAUGAUUGUGAUGACUUUGUGGGUAUUCCUUCAUUGAUAACUCUCCCAACUGAAAGGAUCUUAUCUAGGGGGUUGAAGAUGUAUGUUGUUGAGAGCAAAGGAGGUGCUAUAGUAUGUAUGCUGUUUUCUCUUUUCUUCUUGGGUACAUGGCCUGCUAUUUUGACUCUCCUGGAAAGGCGUGGCCGUCUUCCUCAGCACACUUACCUUGAUUACACCAUCACUAAUCUUUUGGCUGCUGUAAUCAUUGCUUUCACAUUCGGUGAGAUCGGGAAGAGCACACCAGAGCAGCCAAAUUUCUUGAUUCAGCUUUCUCAGGUAAGGGAGUUUGGCCUCAAGUGGAAACAGAAAAUAUCUAUAGUGGUAUUCACGGGCCUCCUAAAUAAUGUUAUUUGA